AUGCUGGCAAGCCACUCAAUCAAAUUCACUCAGAGCCUUCUCUUGAAAAACGCAAGCACAACAACCCGAGCCUUUCAAAUCUGCUCGUUCCGUUCGGCAUUGAGCCAUCUCUCUCCGAAUCAAAAUUCGAUCUUCAAACCAUCGGCAAAUAAUCAGAGAGCUUCAUUUUCGAGAUCGGUUGUGUUCUACAACGAGGAAAAGAAACAACAAGCACAGUCACAACAAGAGGAGCCAAAGGAAGAGCAACAAAAACAAAAUACGGAUCAGCAACAACAAUCCGAUGAAACCCCCAAGAAGAGCUACUUUAAAAAACUGCUCUCUCCAGCAAACUUGAUUUUACCUGCAGUUUUCGGAAUUAUUUUGUAUAAUUUCGCCAAGUAUGAUGUUCGUCAAAAGAAACGUGAAGCUGAAUUGGACAGACAAGCAAGUAGCAAAGCUGUGAAAGCUGUGGGAACUCCAAAACUUGGAGGAGCUUUCACUCUCGUGAACACUAAAGGAGAGGUCAUUACAGACUCUGAAUUUAGAGGAAAAUUCAUGUUCAUGUAUUUUGGUUUUACCAAUUGCCCAGAUGUUUGCCCCACUGAAAUGAAAAAGAUGACUAAGGCACUGCAAAUGCUUGAAAAGGAACACCCUGAAUUGGCUGAUAAAAUUGUUCCAAUAUUUGUUUCUUGUGACCCUCCACGUGAUUCAUGUACCGCUGUCUCUGAGUAUCUUCAGGACUAUCAUCCAAAGUUUAUUGGCCUUACUGGAACACCUGAUCAAAUCAGUAGAGUCUGUAAAAAGUACAGAGUCUACUACAAUGCUCCAGACUACAAGGAAGGAAAGCAGGACUACUUGGUCGACCAUAGUAUUUUCAUUUAUUUAAUGGAUCCCUAUGGUCACUUGGCUGAAUACUUUGCUCAAAACACCACUGCUGACAAAGUUUAUGAACGAGUUCUUGCCUCAAUUCAAGAUUACAAGUGGGAUUAA